AUGUCGAACGCGCUAUGGAGCAUGGUGGGCAAGCGCGUCCUGAACGAGCACGCGCGGAACAAGUUCGGAAUGGAGGACCCCUAUUUCGAGGAAGUGCCUGCCUCACGUCUUAAUCGCGCCUUUGGCAAGAAGAAAACAAAGCGUCGCAAGGCCAUCCCACCUGGAUUAUCGGAGCAGGAUGCCAAUAUCCUAACAAAGGUCAAACGCCGUGCGUACCGCCUGGACUAUUGUUUGUUCAAUCUAUGCGGUAUCCGAUUCGGAUGGGGCAGUGUAAUCGGUCUUAUUCCAUUCGUCGGUGAUGCAGGCGACGCAGCGCUCGCAAUGAUGGUCGUGAAAUCAUGCGAAGGAAUUGAGGGUGGACUCCCGUCUCGCCUACGCAUGAUGAUGCUGAUAAAUGUUGCUAUCGACUUUGUGAUUGGCCUGGUCCCAUUCAUCGGUGACCUUGCGGAUGCGGUGUACAAGUGCAACACAAGAAACGCGGUGCUCCUUGAAAAGCAUCUACGUGAAAAGGGCGCAAAAAGACUUGCCAAAGAGAACAGGCGAGUGGAACAACAGGAAGAACGGGAUAGACGUGAGCAGCGCACCAUCGACUACAGUCUCUCCGAUGAGUUCGACCGACAAGAGGACGGGGUUGUGGAAAAUGUACCACCCGGCUAUGAGGAAGCACAACAGAACCAGCCAGCGAGACCUAAGCCCGCAAGAAAGGCUCAAGGCCGGUCCAAGUGGUUUGGCGGGGCGGCCCACCCGCAGGAAGAUCCUGAGCGAGGGAUUUAG